AAAUCCAAAAAUCACACUGAAAAUCUUGAAAGAAAGCAAAGCAUGGCACAGGCAACAGUUACACCGCAAGAUCAACAGGCAGAAUAUUUUUCCUUGUUGAGUGGUCACACCAUACCAGCGGUUGGGUUUGGCACUUGGAAAUCUGGUUCAAAAGCUGGCGAAUCUGUGUUCACUGCCAUUGUUGAGGCUGGUUAUAGGCACAUAGACACGGCUGCGGCGUAUGGAGUUCAAAAAGAGGUUGGGCAGGGACUCAAGGCUGCCAUGUCGGCAGGAGUUGAGAGGAAGGAACUCUUUGUUACUUCUAAGCUAUGGCACAGGUUAGUUAAAAAUCGAGUCCACGAGGAGUAUGAUAACCAAAAGCUCAUUUUUGUGUUAUGUGAUGGUGAAUUCAGGUGCUCUGAUUUGUCCCCAGAUAUGGUUCGUCCAGCACUGAAAAAUACCCUUCAAGAGCUCCAACUUGAUUACCUAGACCUUUACUUGAUUCACUGGCCUUUCCACCUUAAAGAUGGUGCCAGCAAACCCCCCAAGCCUGGUGAUAUAUUGGACUUCGACAUGGAAGGGGUUUGGAGAGAAAUGGAGAAGCUUGUCAAGGAAAAUCUCGUUAAAGACAUUGGGGUUUGCAAUUUUAGUCUUAAGAAGCUCAAUAAGCUACUGGGCAUUGCCCAAACUAAUACUAUGCCCUCUGUGUGUCAGAUGGAAAUGCAUCCUGGGUGGAGAAAUGAUAAAAUGCUAGGGGCUUGCAAGAAGAAUGGCAUUCAUGUCACUGCUUACACACCACUGGGCUCAUCAGAAGGAGGUAGAGAUCUGAUCCAUGAUCAGACUGUAGAAACGAUAGCAAGGAAGCUUAACAAGAGCCCGGGUCAGGUGCUAGUGAGAUGGGCCAUCCAGAGAGGAACAAGUGCGAUUCCCAGAUCAAGCAAUCCAGAGAGGAUCAAAGAGAACAUCAAGGUCUUUGGGUGGAAAAUCCCAGAGCAAGACUUCCAAGCCCUUUGCAGUAUCUCAGAUCAAAGACGAGUCCUGGAUGGUGAAGAUUUGUUUGUGAACAAGGAAUCAGGGCCAUUCAGAAGCGCAGAUGAUAUAUGGGAUCAUGAGGAUCAGUGACUAGCUUAUGAGGUAGCCCCUAGAAUGGACCUCAACUUUUGGGGAAUGAGCUUGAGCUCAGCUCAAUGACUUUCUUGUACUGUUCCAACAAAAUAAAUAAAGUUUUUUAAUUUUCAAAUUUACAAGGCAAUUGCUUAUAUGAAAAUUAUG